GUUGUUUUCUGUUGGCUAACUCCCCGCGUUCCACCUCAGCUCGGCCGGUAUCCCCUUCGCUCCCUCCUCUCCCGCUUCCUCCUCAUCGUCCGUCUGUCGUUGGAUCGCCUCCCUCCUCUUUCCCGAUCUUUAAGACUCCUGUUCUCCGAUCUCCGUUCUUUCUCCCUCACGUUCUUCUCACUUGUACAUAAAAGAUCGAAGCGUCCUACUCACAGAUUCGCUGUUCCUUUUCGUCGCCGCUGGUCUUCUAGGGUUCCCAUUUGCUUUUCCUUCUUGUGCUUCUUCUCUGCGAGCUCUUCGAUAUUUAUUGGAAAUUUGUAUAGUUGGGUUUUACUUCUUCAGGAGACUGAUAUUGUAUAUAAGAAUUUGGGGUGCCCUUGUUCAUUUUAGUGUUUCAAAUUCAAUUAUAGGUUUUGGGGAUUUGUUUCUUUAACUCUCCAGGUCCUGCCAAGAAGGUUUGGUUUUGUUUGGGGGGUGGGAGAGGGUCUGGUAGUGGUGGGAUCGGGGCUUUGGUGUACUGAAGAAUUGGUGAGGUCUUGUGGUUUCGGAAUUUAGGGUUCCGUUGGGGAGGGGAGAGUGGUAUAGAUUUAGGUGUUGUGUCUCUCGACCAUGGGAGUUCCAAUCGCCCUUUACUCUAGCCCGCCCAGCAGCGUGUGUUCCACUCCGCAUCCUUGCCACAUCAGCUCGCACUCUCCUGCAGAUUACGAUCUGAAUCCGAGGUCGUCGUCGUCGUCUGCUGCUGCUCAGAAGCCGAUGGUUGGGGGCCUUUCUUGCCUGUUCUCAUCGCCGACGGUGAAGCAAGCGCCAAGCUUUGGGAGCGAGGACCUCAAUUCUCUGUGGCACGGAUGCGGGGCGGGAGCUGCAGUGGAAAGGGGCGAAGAGUUGAGCAGCUCCUUCUGCUAUUCGUCUUUGAGUUCUUCCUUCAAGGGCAGGGAUCAAAGCCCCGUUUCGGUGUUUCAUGGUCCUGUUUCGUGCAGCAGCGUGGGUUCUAGGAGCCCCCCGGUAAGGAUUGCGAGGGACAGGAACGGGGAUUCGCAUUCACAAACUAUGUUUAGGGUACACAGGGACGGACUUUUCAAUAGCUUCGUGCGGAAUGCAUUGGGCUUCUGCGUGGAUUACGAUUCCCCAAGUUUUCCGAUGCCUAUUGGUAGCGUAACGCAUGAAAGCACUCCAGUCAUGGCGGUGGCACCGCCACUAUCUCCGACCGCUGCAGUCGAUGAGGAGCUUACUUUCAAUAUGGAGGACAAUUUCGUUAACGACUUCUCGUUAAGUAGUUACAACGACGAGGGCUAUCUUGGUCACUGUGGUGAUCGUCAUCUUGAGCCGUAUGCUCGAGAGAUCUUGCGGGACGCUCAGAAGAGACAUGGGAUUUUCCACCAGGAAUUUGUAUUGAAAGCAUUUUACGAAGCGGAGAGAGCUCACAGAGGGCAGGUGAGAGCAAAUGGUGAUCCCUAUUUGCAGCAUUGUGUGGAGACAUCUCUGUUGCUGGCAGACAUUGGCGCUAACACCACGGUCGUGGCUGCGGGAUUGCUACACGAUACUAUGGAUGACUCUUUCAUGGACUAUGAAUAUCUGUGUCGCACUUUUGGUGCUGGCGUUGCAGAUUUGGUCCGAGGGGUAUCAAGGUUGAGCCACCUGAGCAAGCUUGCUCGUGAAAAUAACAUUUCAAGCAAAACUGCGGAGGCAGAUCGCCUGCACACAAUGUUCCUGGCUAUGGUGGAUGCCAGGGCCGUCUUGAUAAAAUUAGCCGACAGGCUGCAUAACAUGAUGACGCUGGGUGCACUCCCUUUCUCUAAGCAACAGAGGUUUGCCAAGGAGACUUUGCAAAUCUUCACUCCCCUGGCAAAUCGGCUGGGGAUCUCCACGUGGAAGGAGCAGUUGGAAAAUCUGUGCUUUAAGCAUCUUAAUCCAGUACAACAUGAGGAGCUGGAAUCAAAACUUGUUAAAUCAUUUAGGGAAGCAACAAUAACUUCCGCUGUAGAGAAACUUGGUUCUGCUUUGAGAAAUGAGGCCAUCUCAUAUCACGUUCUAUCUGGCAGACACAAAAGCUUGUAUAGCAUCUUCUCAAAGAUGAUGAAGAAGAAACUGAUGAUGGAGCAAAUCCAUGAUAUUCAUGGUUUGCGGUUGAUAGUGGAAAAUGAGGGUGACUGCUUUGCUGCGCUCAACAUUGUUCAUGAAUUGUGGCCGCAGGUUCCAGGAAAGCUCAAAGACUAUAUUUCCCAUCCAAAAUUUAACGGGUACCAGUCACUUCACACGGUGGUAAUGGGGGAAGACAUGGUGCCAUUGGAAGUUCAGAUUCGAACCAGGGAGAUGCAUUUGCAUGCAGAAUUUGGGAUUGCAGCUCAUUGGAGAUACAAGGAAGGGGACUGCAAGCAUCCGUCAUUUGUACUUCAAAUGGUAGAAUGGGCAAGAUGGGUGGUAACCUGGCAAUGCGAAGCAACUAGCAAAGAUCUGGGUGCUUCCCUUGGUGGGGACUCCAUUAGGCCUACUUGCCCCUUCCCUUCUCACUUCGACGACUGCCCAUAUUCUUACUUACCCCAAGGUCAACAAGAUGGUCCUGUUUUUGUGAUUGUGCUGGAAAAUGACAAGAUGUCUGUGCAGGAGUUCCCUGCUAACUCUGUGCUGAUGGAUCUGCUGGAGAAAGAUGGACAAGAUGACUCGGUCCCUGCUAAGGAGGAGCUAAGGCCAAGGCUGAACGGAUUACCGGUGGUUGAUCCCCAUCGCAAGUUAAAGAUGGGGGAUGUGGUGGAGCUGACACCAUCGAUACCAGAUAAAUCUUUGACAGAAUAUAGAGAAGAAAUACGUCGGAUGUUUGAUAGCGAUCUGACCUUUGCCAGGAGGGGAUGAGUAGAAGUUUAUGCGAUCUCAAUCCCGUUGCUGCAGUAUAGAUUUGUUUUAUUCUGUAUAUAUGGGUCCAUACGUAUUUACGUGAAUGCAGAGGUCGGUCGGACGGAAAUAUUGAGGUUGAGCGUGGGGUGGUUGGGUGACAUAUACGGUUACUGUGCUGGUCUCUAACUUCAAAAAGUUAUAUAUAAGCAAUUCAUUCCGGGAAGUUGCAGGUACUUUUUGGUAUUUGUUUGGGAUUGUGCUUUCUUAAUGGAUUGGAUGGCACGUCCCGUACAAUACCAUAGCCGUCUGAUCACUUCAUCCGAUGGCCAAAGUGUGUAAUUCAAGUAGUUUAUUCAACAAUUAUUAAGGUUUGAGGAACAUUGCUUUUCUGUCUUUAAAAAUUCAAAGACUUAAAAGGUUUCCUUGGAGAAAUUAUUUUAUUUGUUGAAUAUUGAACAUAUUGAAAUGCAAUUAGAAAAGCGCUAUGUUAAUUGUUUAGCCAA